UGCUUCAGCAGGAUUCGUCAUGUCCCAACGCGGCAGGCUUGAGCUCGGCUGCGCGAGAACCAGACCGAAACAUCACAGCAAAAGAUGAAAAUGUAGACAUAAAUCAGAGGAUGCACGCAUGAUGACGAUGGGAGACGGACUGGUGUCUGAAGACGAUAUAUUGCUUCGCUCGGAGAAGGAGUUUCAUGAUGCUGCGAAGAGGAAUGACACGGAGAGAAUGCAGGAGCUCAUCAGAAGAGGGGUGGACAUCAAAGUAAAAAAUAAGAUGGACCGUAAGGCCCUUCACUGGGCAGCAGGAGCCGGCAGUGAGCAGGCAGUGCAUCUGCUGCUGGACCACGACAUGGAGGUGGAUGAUAUGGACAGCUUCGGUAUGAACCCUCUGCUCUUAGCCGCAUGGUUUGGUCACCUCUCGGUCCUAAAGAUCCUUGUCUCAACUGGGGCAAAGCUCACCUGUGAAAACAAAAAUGGCUUGAAUCUCUUGCACUGUGCUGCCCAGAGGGGUCACAUCAGUAUUUUGGAGUAUAUCAUGGAAGAUCUGGAAAGCGUGCAGCUUAAUAAAGUCGACAAGUCAGGUAAGACAGCGUUUCAUUUGGCCGCAGGGCAUGGACACCUGAAGGUGGUGGAGUUUCUCAUUGGGAUGGGCUGUGCUCAUGACCUCAAGGACAAGGAGGAAAACACUGCACUGCAUUUGGCAGCUAAGCAAGGCCACAGUGACGUCCUACAGAAGAUCAUGGACACCGGGGAGAGCAUUGAUGAAAAAAACAUUGAUGGCAUGACUGCUUUACAUCUGGCAGCUGAAGGAGGGCAUUAUGAAUGUGUCAGACUGCUGCUGGAGGCUGGCUGCGAUGUCAACUCACUCACUCAUAGUAACAGGUCUGCUCUUCAUCUGGUGGUCCAGCAUGGCUCAGGAAGAGAGGUCCGACUGCUGGUACAGGCUGGGAUCCACCUGGAUUCAGUAGACACACAACAUACUUCAGCUCUACACCUGGCAGUGCUCAACAACUCCACAGGAAUAGUGAAGGAUCUGAUCGAUGCGGGAUGCGACCUGGACAUCUGUGAUGAUCGGCUUCAAACUGCUUUGCACAUAGCAGCAGAACACGGUUGGCUGAACAUCGCUGAAAUGAUCCUGAUAUCUGGAGUCAAUCUCAAUCUGCUCGACAAGCAAGGAAAGUCGUCACUGGAUGUUGCAGCUCGAGGCAACCAUGUGAAUGUCGUUGACAUGAUUAUCAAAGCUGACAGAUUUUACAAAUGAGAGAAGGAAAAUGUGACGAGUGACUCUGACUCUCUGGUGGGAACGAGCCUUACCUUUAAACAAGAUCAUCGACAGGAGACACAACAUAUCCGAUCUGUCCUAUGGACACUUGCCUCCAAAUAUCUUAAACCAGGCGAGUGGAAAACACUGGCUCGACACUGGAAGUUCUCAGAAGCACAUAUUCGAGCCAUAGAGCACCAAUGGACAGGUACAAAGAGCUACAAGGAGCACGGGCACAGGAUGCUGCUCAUCUGGCUGCACGGAGUGAUCACCGCUGGAGAAAACCCCAUCAAGGGUUUGUACGAAGGUCUGGUAGGAAUCUCAAGGAUCGAUCUGGCAGAAAGCAUGCGACAGCUGGCAAAUACGGAUCCAUCUUCUGCUAAAAAAUGCUCUACAAUGUAAUGUGAGAUUUAUUGAGAAAGGUCUGGACUGUGCACGUAUACCGACCAGGAGAUCAGAUGCUCUUCAAAUACACCGCACCGAUGAAACACAAAUACUCCCUAAAAUACAACCUCAGUGAAGAAAACAGCCGUUCACACCAAGAGCAAAUAUUUACAGCACACAUGACUUUGGAAUAUUGAAGAAAAUAUCACAGCAAUUUCUUUUUUUAGGAGAUCAUGUAGAUUCUUUCUUUUUUUUUUGUCAGAAAAACUCCCCAAUCAAUGACAUUUUUGGUUAUGCUGAAUUUCAGGUUCUUUUUUACAGUUAUGCAUGUCUUUCAGUCCUAAAUUUAUUUGUAGAGGCAACAUUUCUUCUGUAAUGGUUAUGUUUAGACACUAGACACAAAUAAAAUUCUAAAGAAGCUGCAUUAGCCAGGAUACUGGGUAACGUGUGUGUGUGUGUGUGUGUGUGUGUGUGUGUGUGUGUGUGUGUGAACUUUAGUGUGUGCAAAUGCUCUUAUAUGAAGACGGGACAUGAGUGAAAGUGCAAUGAAAUGAAUUGAUUCAUAAUCGUCUGCAGUAUUUUAUACAGAUUAGGUUUGGCCUGACAUUGAUUUCUCAAUUUGAAUAAUUUCUCUGAGGAACUAAUAUUGAUUCUUAAAUCCCAAGAAUUCUAUUAUGCUGUUUUCAGUUGAUGAGUAAAGACAGCUUCACUAACUAAACAACUUUAUUUGUAAUAGCAAGCUUCCUGCUUGGUUACUUAUGAUAUAAAACAAAGUCUGAGCUUUAAAAUUAAAACUUUUUAUGAACCAAACCUUUCCCCCCUUACUACUAUUUAUUGCACGAAAUAAACAUGAAUGAACAUUGGACCGGAUGUUGAAAAUGUACCAUGUCUCAUCAUGUGAUCCCUCAAGCAGUGUUUCAGCUGUGAAAGAUGUCAAUAAAACAGCUUGUUAACUAUGGAACAUUAACCUCGGAAAAGCUAUUCAUGGUCCACAGCUAGUUAACUAGAAAAAUAAUCUAUAGAGGUGAAUAAACACUGUAUACUCUAUUUGUAGAUUGCAUUUAUAACCAUAAUCUAGAUAUUUAUCAUGUUUACUGUGACUCAACAGGAAAUUCAGUGCUGAUCUGAAGCAACUAGGUUAAAAGUUAAUAUUGACGUAUGAAAAUAUUUUUGCAAAUUUGCAGACUCCAGUGCUUUUCGUGUAGGUUAACCUAACCGGACUAAAUGUUAUUGUGUACAUGAACCCAAAUGCUAGUCAAGCACAGUCACAGUUUUAAACGAAGUGCAUGCAUGACGCAAGCAAACCCAUCAUCACCAGCCGUCUCUGAGGAACAUGCAGCUGUUUUCUUUCCGUGUCCAUGCAACACAACACUGUCCCAAUACACUAAAAUAUUACAACAGGAAGUUCUCCGUUUCUGUAUUUCUGUUGCCACAAGGUUUCCUUCCAAGAAUCAGUCCAAGUAAUCUUUUUUUAAUAGUCCAUAAUAUUGUUUUGUUUUCACUUGUAAUUGGUGCUUGGUUUGUGCAUAUUUCUUUCCUGAUUCAGAAAUAAACUCAUCUACAUCUUG